AUGAUAAGUGGGAGUAAUCUAGCUGAAAUUCCCGCAAUCCAUUGUACUAUUCAUUUACUUCAAUUAGUUGUUUCAGAUUCAAUAAGUGAAAAUAUUGUAAUUGAUGUUCUUUCAAAAUGUCGUCGACUUGUAACUCAUUUUAACCAUUCAUCUCUAGCAUGUAACAACUUUAAACAAAUUCAGCUGCAACAAAAUCUCGACCCUCUUUGUCUUGUUCAAGAUGUCCCAACAAAAUGGAACAGCACUUAUCUUAUGCUUGAUAGAUUAAACAAGUUGAAAAUUCCAGUUCAACUAUACUUAGCAGAACGUUCUGAUUUAAUGCCCUUUUCUACAUUAGAAUGGACAUUAAUAUUAAACAUUAUUAAACUGUUAAAGCCUUUUUUCCAAUUAACUCAGGAAAUGAGUUCAGAAAUAACAACUUUGUCUUCUGUAAUUCCAAAUAUGUGCUCAUUGAAGAAAUUUAUGUCAAAAUGUCAAGUUGAUUUAAGUAUUCAAGAAACAAAGAAUCGGCUUACAACUUCUUUAAAAAAUCGAUUUUUUUCUGAAAUAAAUGAUGCGAAGUCUUUAAACAUUUUGAAAAAUAGGUACUAUAUCAUAGCUACUUCAAUUGAUCCAAGAUAUAAGUUUUCUUUCUUUGAGGAUGAUAUCAAAAAACAGGCUAAGUACUGGUUAAUAAAUAAAAUUUUAUCCUUGAAAAAACUCUUGUUUGUUCUGAAGAAGUAG